GCACUACUUUCAAGCUGUACGCUGCGCUGUUAACGAUGGUCUCCAUGAAACAGAAAUAAGAAAUAUACCUCUCCCUAGCCAAGAAACGUAUACAGCUCAAAAACAGAUCCCGGAAAUCCUAAAGCUCACCAGUUCCGUCUGGCAAACAGUAUACCCAAUCAAAGACGUGAAACAAAAAUAUCUUGAAUCUGACAAUCAAUAUUCUCGUUAUUACACUCAUCAACACAAGCUGAAAACACUUCUGUUUUCAAGAGAGUUUCGAAAGUCGACCUCGUGGAAUCCGAUGUUGAAUGCGAGUUAUCCUAACAACAUAAGUGAUUCCUGUUUAAUUUCCGUAGAAGAUACUAAACUUCUAUUGAUUUCCGGCAUACCUAAGUUUUACCACGCUUCUAAUUUAAGGAAUUUUUUCUCACAAUUCGUUGAGUCAUCUAAAUUUUCAUGUUUUCACUAUCGUCACAGACCCGAUAUCGUGGAUAUAGAAUCAACUACGAAAAUAGACGGAACCGAGUUCCUUAAAUCCAUCAAACUAGUUGCCAAAAGCAAAACAACGUGCUGUGCUAUUUUCUCUAUCUACAGAGAAUAUAUCAAAGAGUUUUUUCGUUUAUACAGUGAUCUUAAUUGGCCUAGUGAGAACAAUGAUUUGCCUUUGGAAUCGAAAUGUACCUUACAUUUAUUAGACCAUGCAACUAUGGAACAAUUUAGCUGUUUACCCGAGUUCAGACCAUUAUCAUGGAUGCCUCGUGGAAACGUCGGGACACCUACUCAGUACUUUUUCAGUCUGAUCAAAGACUGUAAACUGGAGAGUUCAAUCAUUUCCAAGCUUAAUUUAGACUUCUCUACUCAAGCUAAGAGCCGCAAAUAUGGCGCAGUUCCUUUCAUUUAUGAAAGUUUAAGUACGGGGAGAGAAAGGUUGCAAUCUUCUGAAUCAAAUAAUGAUGACUUUGAAUGUGGUGUCGUCUGCAAUUCUUAUAUUCCUAAUAAGCGCCGUGUACCCUCCAGUAAUGUUUUAGAAUUAGCUACAGACCCAGUUAAUUUUGAAGAUGAGGAUGAUAUCCCAGAAGAAUGGGAUCGUUUCGAAGCAUUACAUGACGACCCGUACAAUUUAGACAGAGGGAACAAGGCGCAGUUAAAGUAUGAAAGUAAAAUUGAACUUGUUUGGGAAAAGGGUGGAUCUGGCCUAGUUUUCCACACUGACCAACGUACUUGGGAGAAGUUAGACCCACUAAGAAAAGAAGAAAUUUUUGACGAACCCUCAUCUUUCGAUUGGGAUAUAGACAUGCAGCCAUAUGAAACACCAACUGGCAUUGGUACGGGUCCAUGUCCAAACGGAUUUCAGGGCGGAGACAGAGAUACAGCUGAACUUAUUGAUAUAAAUCGAGAAAGGGAAUCUAUUCGUGUUCAAGACCUUGCACAUAAUCCGUAUGCCUUUUUUACCAGCGAAGUAAUUGCCAAAGGUUAUGGUGGGCAACUAUUAAAACGGAUGGGUUGGAUUCCAGGUACUGGACUCGGAGCUAAAAGAGGGAAUCCUAAAGUUUCUUCGGGGAUAAAAGUUCCUUUAACUUGUGAAGGUAGUCUCCCACCCAGAGUUCGGAAGGGUCUUGGUUACUAUGGGGAGCGAAUUUCACGCAAUUCUAACAAGCAGUUAUUAAGUGGGGCAUCAAACUCUUGUAAAACAGGACACGCAACAAAAUCUGUAUAUAUCCGAUCUGUGUUUGAUUCUCCGCAGACUGUUGCUCAUCGUAGUGGACUUGGUUUUUCUCCCAGUAUUUUGAGACGCGAUGAUCCUGGGAUGGUUGUAAAAUGGUUAAAUGAUAGAGAAGAAUCAAUGAGUCAUCCGAUAUCCUCUAAACCUUUAUAUGAGAGACUUCCAAUUAAAAAUCGUACCAUUAUUUUGAACACUUACAGUAAUCUAUCUAAAGAGGGUAUUUCUUUUGUAUGUGGUGGUUUCUUAAAUCCAUCAUAACUUUUUUUCCAAUGUAUUUAAACCUCAUGUAUAUAUAUUCUGUCGUAAUUCAUUGUGUGUAAAUCAGAGAUUUUUGUAAUUUCGUAGUUUUAUAUUUUAUCUUACAACUUUUAUGCUUAAAAUAAAAUCCUAAUUUUUUGUUGUA